AUGACGGGCAUCAAGACCCCUUUGUCGAGCUUGGGCUCCGAGUUCGCGGGCCUCACUCCUGAGAUCUCUCGACCGUCCUCAGUCGCCGGCGACAAACGGUCGUUGGUCGCCAGCUAUGAGUCCGUCGACACGCGAAUCACUCUUGCUGCAUCACAGUUUGCCGUUGGCAGCCAGCUGUGGAAGCAGUUCUCAGAGGGGCUGCCCUCCUCCACACCAGUGAAUGACAUCUCCAUCAAGGAAGGCCUCGUCGCCGAGUUCAUUCACUUCUGCACCACUCGCUCCAGCGACGACACAGACAUCGACGACGCGGCCACAACACUCCACUUCCUCGAGACCCUGCUAGACGCCUUCGAGCAAGACUGCCUCGGCGGAAACGAUGUCCACGCCGCCGUAUCCAACCGCGACAUCCAGCAAAAGAGCCCCAUCAUCAAGACAUACUUCGCGGCCAUGGGCGCCCUCAGUCGCAAACCAAGACACCAGCGAUCCCUCCUCCUGCAAUCUGCCACCGAUGGCCCAUCACGCAUCUACGCCCUGUUUGGCGGCCAAGGCAACGAUGAGAAAUACUUCGACGACUUGAAGGAGACUUACCAUACAUACACAGAUAUCCUCCGACGCUGGGUGUUCUCUGGAGCUCGUCUACUUCAAGACCUUGCUGCCAAGCCAGAUGUCAAGAGACAUUUCAGGAGUGGAUUCUCACUCAUGGAUUGGCUGGAGAAGCCCGGGUCCGAGCCUGAAUCCUCCUACCUGCUCUCUGCCCCGGUCAGCAUGCCCCUGAUCGGUCUGCUGCAGAUCUGCCACUUUAUCGUGGCAUGCCAGACCAUGGGCCUCUCACCUCGCGAGAUGCACGCGCAUCUAUCCGGCGUGACGGGUCAUUCACAAGGUAUCGUCCUCGCCAUGGUGACUUCCAUCUCCGACACCUGGGAGGAUUUCCAUCGAUAUGCCCUCGAUGCCCUCCGGAUCCUCUUCUACAUUGCCUGCCGCAGCCAUGAGACGUACCCGCCCCAGUUCAUCCCGGAGUCGAUCCGUCAGGAUGCCGAAGACAACGGAGAAGGUGCACUGAGUCCCAUGCUGCGGGUACGCAACCUCAGAUACGGCCAGCUACAGAAGAUCAUCGACAAGGUCAACAGCUACCUUCCGACUGAGUCCCAUGUGGCCGUCUCGCUCUUCAACGGGCCUACGAACCUGGUCGUGGCAGGUCCCCCACUCAGUCUGUACGGGCUGAGUCGCCACCUGCGCGGCCUGAAGCCGUCCAAGACAAGCAGGGAAGCCCAGAUGGCCGCCAGCAAGCGACGACCCAAGAUCGACCACCGCUUCCUCCCCAUCACGGCACCCUUCCACAGCACGUAUCUGGAAGAAGUCACCGCAAUGGUCGUCCAUGAUCUCGGCGACCUGAACAUCACCGGCGACCAGCUCCGCAUCCCGCUGUACGCCACGACCGAUGGCCAUGAUAUGCGCAUCCAUGCCGACCGCAACCUCAUCCCGGAGAUCGUGCGCAUGAUUGCCCACGAGCCAGUGCACUGGGAGAAAGCGACCGCCUUCCCGGAAGCCACCCACAUGAUUGACUUCGGACCGGGGGGAAGUGCCGGCGUGGGAGUCGCGACAAUGCACAACAAGGCGGGCCAGGGGGUGCGACUCAUCCUGGGCGCCUCGAUGAGGCAGAGCGAGGAGUACGGCAACAAGGGCGAGCUGUUCAACCAUGACCCGGACUACCCUGUCGUCUAUGCCGAGAACUGGGCGGAGACGUAUAAGCCCCGGUUGACUCGAGAUGCGUCGAACGGCGCUAUUGUUCAGACCAAGUUCACGGAGCUGCUUGGACUGCCCCCCAUCAUGGUGGCGGGUAUGACGCCCACGACUGUGCCGUGGGACUUUGUCUCCGCGACCAUGAAUGCCGGAUACCACAUCGAGCUGGCAGGAGGAGGGUACUACAACAAGGUUGCGAUGGAGGAAGCGAUCAACAAGAUCGUUCACAAUGGCGUGCCUGGACGGGGGGUUACGUGCAACAUCAUCUACGCGAGUCCGAACUCGGUCCGGUGGCAGAUCCCCAUGCUGCAGGAGCUGCGCGCGAAGGGGGUCCCAAUCGAUGGGAUCGCCAUCGGGGCGGGUGUGCCCUCCGUUGACGUGGCGAACGAGUAUAUCGAGACGCUCGGGCUGAGGCAUAUUGCGUUCAAGCCGGGGUCUGCCGAGGCGAUCCAGCAGGUCAUCGACAUUGCCCGGGAGAAUAUGUCGUUCCCGAUAAUGCUCCAGUGGACUGGUGGGCGGGGAGGAGGUCAUCACUCCUAUGAGGAUUUCCACGAGCCCAUCCUGGAGAUGUAUGCGCGUAUCCGGUCAUGCAAGAAUAUCAUCCUCGUCGCUGGUAGCGGGUUCGGGGGUGCGGAUGAUACGCUGCCCUACUUGACUGGUGAAUGGACGAAGGCUUUCAAUGCCGCUUCGCUGAUGCCGUUCGACGGUAUCCUGCUUGGUAGCCGGGUCAUGACGGUCAAGGAGGCCCACACCAGCAUCGAGGCCAAGCAGUUGAUCGUGGAUAUUCCCGGUGUGGACGAUGCAGUUUGGGACCAGACGUACACCCGGCCGACGGGAGGAAUCAUCACUGUUCGGUCCGAGAUGGGCGAGCCCAUCCACAAGAUUGCCACGCGCGGAGUCCUGUUCUGGGCGGAGAUGGAUCGCACCGUGUUCAGCAUUGCCGACAAGACGGCCCGUGUUGCGUUCUUGCAAGAGAACAGGCAGCGAGUUAUCGACGGACUGAACAAGGACUUCCAGAAGGUCUGGUUCGGACGGGACGCAAACGGAAAUGCGUGCGAGUUGAGCGAGAUGACCCUCGCUGGCGUGGUCAAGAGAAUGGCUGAGCUGCUCUACGUCAAACACCAAGCGCGGUGGGUGCACCACAGCCUGCAGCAAUUGAGCUUCGACUUUCUUCAAUGGGUGGAGGAUGUUGUCAGCGACUCGACGGAUGUUUCCACGCCACGGUUCUGGCUGUCCGUUGAACAAAUCCAUGAACCGUUUCUGGCGAUUGAGAAGUUCCUAACCAGCUAUCCCAAGGCCGUCUCGCAGCUGAUGGACACGCCCAGCAUCCAGAUGUUCCUUCACCUGUGUCGGAGACGCGGCCAGAAGCCUGUUCCGUUCAUCCCGGUCCUCGAUGAAGAGUUUGAAGUGUGGUUCAAGAAGGACUCCCUCUGGCAGUCGGAGGAUGUUCAGGCAGUCCCGAGCCAGGAUGUUGGCCGAACCUGCAUUCUUCAUGGGCCCGUGGCAGCCAAACACACAAAGAUGGCCGACGAGCCGAUCAAGAAUCUCCUGGAUAGCAUUCAUGCUCAGUGGGUUAAGGCUCUCAUCGAGGGGGGAUACGACGAGGACCAGCCCCAGACGCCCUUGACUGAGGAUGGAAUGGCCGAACUGCCCAGCGAGAUCUCUCUCACCAGAACCUACGAGCCCCUGGCGCUCGACGAAGAGAUGCCUUCUACCGAGGAUUGGAUGGCACGACUGGCGGGUACGCAGAAAGGCUGGAGACAGACUCUCUUCUGUCAGAAGACGAUCGUGCAGGGAUACAGCCUUGUCGAAAACCCGAUCCAGAGGGUCUUUGCCCCUCGAGAGGGCAUCUACGUCGAGGUCGAGGAGAGCACCUCUGCCGAGCAGUGCAUCGUCCGGCUCUUCGAGCGAUCACCAGACUCUCUAACCCAAACCCCUGUUGUCGAGGUCCGUCUCACGGAGCGAGAUCUGAUCAAGGCGACCCUCUUCGAGAGCCGAACCUUCACCGGCGCUCCCGCAGGUCUUGAGCUUUUGUUCAGCCAUCACCCGGAAUUCCCCUUCGCCCCUAUCCGGGAAGUCAUCUCCGACAAGAUUGACAGGGUCAAGGACUUCUACCACCAGCUCUGGUUUGGCGAGCCACUCACCUCUGCCGGGGACUUGUCGCAGGGCGAUGUGUUUCACGGUGAUGCGGUCACUCUGACGGCUGCUGAGAUCAAGGAUUUCAGCCACUGCGUCGGCAGACUGUCUGUAUCGGGUGUCCGAUCCAAGAGUCAGAAGCUGACUGCGCCCAUGGACUACGCGAUCGUUGUUGCGUGGAAGUCCGUCAUGAAGCCCCUGUUUGCGAAGACCAUCAGCGGCAAUCUCAUGAAGCUGGUGCAUCUGUCGAACGGAUUCCGACAACUGGCCAGCUCGCCCCCGAUGCAGGAAGGGGACGUGCUCUCGUCCCGAGCUCAUAUCCGGGCCAUCCUGAACGAAGACUCCGGCAAGAUCGUUGAAGUUAUCUCCGUCAUUAGCCGGGAUGGUGCCGACAUCUUGGAGAUUGUCAGUCGGUUUAUGUACCGGGGCAGCUACGACGACUACAACACGGCCUUCCAGCAGCUGAAAGAGCCCAAAGUGGAGCUGCACCUGGCGAGCACCAGAGACGUGGCUGUCCUGCGCUCCAAGCCCUGGUUUACCCCCAACAACCCGGAUCUGGAUCUCCGAGGCUUCAAACUCACCUUCGAGCUGGAGACCCACGUUCAAUUCCAGAGCAAGUCCGUCUACAGCCAGCAGAGAUGUUUCGGCGCUGUAUUCGGUCGGUCACCGACAGGCGAGACCAUCGAGCUGGCCUACGUCAACCACACAAUCGGCGUCUCGACCAGCAACCCUAUCAUGGACUACCUCAAGCGUCACGGAACCCUCGUCGAGCAACCCGUCCUUUUCCAGUCCCCGAUUACCCUCGGUGGCGGCGAGAUCCAGUUCCACUCACCUUCUUCCAACGAAGAGUACGCCCUCGUCUCAGGGGACUACAACCCUAUCCACGUAUCUCCAACCUUCGCCGCAUACGCAGAACUCCCCGACACAAUCACUCACGGCAUGCACAUGAGCGCCAAGGUGCGUAGUCUGCUCGAGCAGCUCACCUGCCCGGAUACAUCCCGCGGGUUUUGCAGCUACCAAUGUAACUUCGUCGGGAUGGUUCUCCCGGGAGACGACGUCGAGUUGGUUCUGCAGCACCUCGGCAUGGUCAACGGCCGCAAACUGGUCCAUGCGGAGGCCCGUCGCGCGGGGACCGGCGAUAAGUUGAUCGUGGCUGAGGCCGAGAUCGAACAGCCCAGCACGGCCUUCCUGUUUACCGGCCAGGGAAGUCAGGAGAAGGGCAUGGGGAUGGAUCUGUAUGCAUCCAGUCCUGCGGCGAGGAAGGUGUGGGAUCUGGCGGAUGCGCAUUUCUUGGAAAAUUUUGGUUUCCGCAUCACGGACAUCGUCCGCAACGAUCCGAAGGAACUGAAGAUCCACUUCGGAGGCAGUCGAGGCCGUGCCAUACGGGAAAACUACAUGGCUCUGCGCUGCGAGAUGAUCCACGCGGACGGACGCACGACAUCCGAGAAGAUCUUCAAGGAUAUCACCGAGGAGUCGAAGUCGCACACCUUCCGGUCUAGCGGGGGCCUGCUGUCUUCCACGCAGUUCACCCAGCCCGCAUUGACCCUGAUGGAGAAGGCCAUCAUCGAAGACAUGAAAGCGAACGGCCUGCUGGCCGAUAACUGCAGCUUUGCUGGCCACUCGCUGGGGGAAUACUCUGCCUUGACGGCGAUCGCGGAGAUUAUGCCGAUCGAGAGUCUGGUGUCGGUGGUUUUCUACCGUGGUCUGACUAUGCAGAUGGCUGUUGAGCGCGACGAGCAGGGGAGAUCUAACUUCUCCAUGUGUGCUGUUGAUCCGAGCAGACUGUCGAAGACAUUCAACGAGGAACGCCUUCGAUACCUGGUCGCCCUCGUCGCCAGCGAAACCGGCUGGCUCCUCGAGAUCGUCAACUACAACGUGGCCAACUCGCAAUACGUCUGCGCGGGAGAUCUCCGCGCCCUAGACACCCUAUCCAGCCUCAUCAACGAACUCAAACGGCGACCCACCGAAUUCCAACCCCUCCUAGCCGGAACCCACCCCAUCACCACCCACACCUCGACCAUCCUCCCUACCCUACACCAAUGCGCCAGCGCCUCCAAAUCCAAGCCCCAACCCAUCCAACUAACCCGGGGGAUCGCCACCGUCCCCCUCCGGGGCAUCGACGUGCCCUUCCACUCCUCGUUCCUCAGCCCCGGCAUCACAGCCUUCCGCGCCUGUCUGUACAAGUACAUCGACCGGGAGACGCUGGACGCGGAGCGACUGGUGGGGAAAUAUAUCCCGAAUCUGACGGCGAGGCCGUUUGAGGUUACCGAGGAGUAUUUUCGGAAUGUGUUUCGGUUGACGAAGAGUCCGGUUACUGGGAGGGUUUUGUCUGAGUGGAGGGAUUAUUUGGAUGUUGAACGGGGCGUGGAGAGGGUUAAGGGGAUGGGGGUGGUUGUGGGGGUUUGA